CCGUACUUCACUGAACUCAGCCUGAUCCUGUGACUUUAGCGGAAACUGACCGCCAUGUCCGGAAGUGACAAGUCAGCUGCUUGGGAAGCUGUUUAUUAUCGACUUAGCUCGAUGGCUAACGUCGUCACUUUUUAGGACGCACCUGAAGUUACUGGAAACAGUUAAGCGUCUGUCAUUUGCAGGGUGGGCUCUUGUGGCGGAGCGAAAAGAUGAAGUCCGUGUUCGCUGUCGAGGCUCUUUCUUUGACGUGUUUUGUGCUGUUGAAUCUGGUAGCAGCAAAGAAUUCCGAGGAUAUCCGCUGCAAAUGCAUAUGUCCACCGUACAGAGACGUCGAGGGCCAGAUCUACAAACAAAAUGUGUCUCUCAAAGACUGCAACUGCCUCCACGUGGUGGAGCCCAUGCCAGUAGACGGGAAAGACGUGGAGGCGUAUUGUUUGCGCUGUGAAUGCAAAUAUGAAGAGAGGAGCUCUGGGACCAUUAAGGUUACCAUCAUAAUGUACCUCUCCAUUUUGGGCCUCCUGCUGCUCUACAUGGUCUACCUGACCCUCCUGGAGCCCAUGUUGAAGAGGCGGCUGUUCGGACACUCGCAGCUUAUUCAGAACGACGAUGAGGGUGGGGUACGUGUUCAUUUUAAUGUCACCGAGCUGCAGCUGGGACAGUGCAGACAUUAUAUUACGGACCAGCAGCCGUUUGCCAACGCUCACAACGUCCUGUCCCGCUCUCACUCCCGCCCCAACAUGCUGAACAAAGUGGAGCACGCCCAGCAGCGCUGGAGGAGGCAGGUGCAGGAGCAGAGGAAGUCUGUGUUCGACCGCCAUGUCGUCCUCAGUUAAAAUGCUCUCUGAGAUACGGGUGGGCGGGGCGGACAAAAGCUAAAGUGGGGGGAAAGGAAAAACACUGUGAUAGAGCUCCUCCGCUGAUAUUACUCCCUCUAUCUCAUUUCUGAUUGGUGUGUUGCACAUUUUUGGUGAACUUGGUUUAGAAAACUGGAUCUGGCAAAUCAAAGUUACUGGGAACUCUUAUUUAAUCUGCGAGCGGCGUAAGAGAUUCAAUAAAAGGAGUCUUUGCACGCUGUGAAAUGCACAGCCACAAAAAGCAGAUUUUCCUCUUUCACAAACGGUCCAAUCUGCCCCAGACUGUCCAGCUCUUCAGGUCUGUGGGAUAAAGUAGCUUUCAGAGCGGUCAUCGUGGCAGGAUGGCAGACCAGUCAUGAACUGUGUGUUUCAGCCCAAACAUUGACCUCAGUGCGGGGGGGGGGUACGAACGAGUGUGAAGUAUAUCUUACAUUCUCAAUCUGAAUCUGCAUGUUUUGUAAAGCUGUUUUUUAUAAGGUGUUCUAGCCCAUCAUUCCUACUAUGAUGUCUCCAUGUGUAAUAACUAGUAUGAUGUUAGUCAUUUCAUGCAUUACAUUAAAUAUUAAAUUUGAGAGUAGUUUCUUGACGCAGAAAUUGAUCCAAAAUUCUCGGUGAUGUCAUAGGUAAAAAUAGCCGGGCCACUGAUCCCGGUCUGUUAACGGCCCUCUAACAGUCAGCACCCUCUUCAACAGCUAACAAACCUAAUUUGUAGUCUUAAAUUUUGGCACAUUUUGUGCUCAGUCUAACCUUUUCCACAUUUAGGGUCGUUCUUUUUCUCAGAGGCAGCAUGCGUGCUGGCAUUCUGAGCUCACAGGAGUUCAUUUUGUGUAUAGUUGUUAUAGUUGCAGUGGACAAAGAGCUGUUGUUGGGUGACCGGACAAAGUGUUCUUAUUGUAAAUGUGAUACCUUUAACUUUGAAAUAAACCUAUGUGAUAUUUA